AGACGAGCGGGAGUUCUUCAGUUGAUUCUGAGGCUGGAAACACUGAAACAGUUUAUUUACAAAAAUGCCCGCAACUUCUGAAAUACACGCCGGGGAGCUGCCGAAGCAGGACAGCUGUGAGAAAGAGGAAAAGCAGCGGCUGACGGCGGCGGCCAACAAGCAGAAAAACUCUGGAUUUUUCUGUGAUGAACAAGGAUAUCUGAGUCUGGUGGAGCACAUCUUGGAGAACGGCCGCUUAAAGGGGGACCGAACCAACACUGGAGUCCUGUCCCUGUUCGGCGCUCAAGUCAGAUACAGCCUGAGAGACCAGUUUCCCCUGUUGACAACAAAGAGAGUGUUCUGGAGAGGGAUCCUUGAGGAGCUGCUGUGGUUCAUCAGGGGAUCAACAAAUUCCAAGGAGCUGUCAGAAAAAGGAGUGAAGAUCUGGGAUGCCAACGGGUCUCGGGACUUCCUGGACAACCUUGGGUUCACUGACAGAGAGGAGGGUGACCUAGGACCUGUGUAUGGUUUCCAGUGGAGGCACUUUGGUGCAGAGUACACAGACAUGCAUGCAGAUUACACAGGACAAGGUGUUGACCAGCUGCAGAAAGUCAUUGACACCAUCAAAACGAAUCCAGAGGACCGGCGCAUCAUCAUGUGUGCCUGGAACCCCAAAGACCUUCCUAGGAUGGCGCUGCCCCCCUGCCAUGCACUCUGCCAGUUCUACGUGUGUGAUGGCGAGCUGUCGUGUCAGCUGUACCAGCGCUCAGCUGAUAUGGGAUUAGGGGUGCCUUUCAACAUCGCCAGCUAUUCACUUCUUACCUACAUGAUUGCACACAUUACAGGACUCAAGCCGGGCGACUUUGUUCACACCCUGGGAGAUGCUCAUGUUUACCUCAACCAUACUGAACCUCUCAAAGAGCAGCUUCAGCGAGAGAUCCGACCAUUCCCCAAACUGAGGAUCCUGAGAAAAGUGGAGAAAAUCGAUGAUUUCCGCACGGAGGACUUUGAGAUCUACGACUACAACCCAUAUCCCGCAAUCAAAAUGAAGAUGGCUGUGUAAACUCAAGUCACAACGUUGUUAUGAAUGAACAGUAUGCUCUCCACUGUAAUGUGUGCCUGCUUCACUCAUGCUAAAAGUUCAGGGUUUUUCUGUCUGAUAUGGGUGAACUCUCUUUUAAGCCUUAAGCACUUCAAAGUGCUUUUUUUCUCUCUUCAAG